CUCCUCUUUCUCUUCUCCUCCACCUCUUCCUUCUAUCCUCUGCUCUCUCGUUCUCUCCUGUGCUUCUCUUUCCUCCCUCUUCCUCGUUCCUCUUUCCCUUCUCCUCCUCUCCUCGAUAUCUCCCGCCUUUCUGCCGUUUUCCCCUCCUCAUUUCUCCACUUCGACUCUACUUUUCCGCAUUUCGCGACCGUACCUGAAACGCCCCAUCCUAUCCCACCACACACCUCUCAAACCACCUCCCUCAACUCCAACAAUGGAGACUACCGAAAUUCACCAGACCACCGUCGUGGACGAGCCCAUGACCGAUAACUUCAACGAGAACCUGGCCGACCAGGGUGAACUUGAAGCGCCUCUCAAGACCGAGGAGGAAUACGCCAUCUCCGAGUUGACUCUCCGUGCUAUCGUCUCCUCCAAGGAGGCCGGUGUCAUUAUUGGCAAGGCCGGCAAGAACGUCGCUGACCUGCGCGAUGAGACCGGUGUCAAGGCUGGCGUGAGCAAGGUUGUUCCUGGUGUCCAUGACCGUGUCCUCACUGUUACUGGUCAACUGCGCUCGCUUGCUCGGGCCUACGCGAUCGUGGCCAAGGGUCUUCUGGAGGGCGCCCCGCAGAUGGGUAUGGGCGGCGUUGUCUCUAACAACGGAACCCACCCCGUUCGCCUUCUGAUCUCUCACAACCAGAUGGGUACCAUCAUCGGACGACAGGGUCUCAAGAUCAAGCACAUCCAGGAUGCAUCGGGUGUGCGCAUGGUCGCGCAGAAGGAAAUGCUCCCCCAGUCUACUGAGCGCAUCGUGGAGGUGCAGGGCACCCCCGAGGGCAUCGAGAAGGCUGUUUGGGAAAUUGGCAAGUGCCUGCUCGACGACUGGCAGCGCGGCACCGGCACCGUUCUCUACAACCCCGCUGUUCGUGCUUCUCUCAGCAGCUCGCAGCCCUUGAACAACAACCCCGUGGCUAGCAACAACAACAACUACCAAAACAGCCGCCAAUACAACCGCACCGGUAACGGCAACGACUUCAGUGACGGCGGAUACAACCGCCGAUCCAACUCCGACGCUGGCAACCGCGGCUACCCUCUGGUCACCGAGGACGGCGAAGAGAUCCAGACUCAGAACAUCAGCAUCCCCGCAGACAUGGUUGGCUGCAUCAUCGGCCGGGCCGGUACCAAGAUCACCGAUAUUCGCCGCAGCUCCGGAGCCCGCAUUUCCAUUGCCAAGGCCCCUCACGACGAGACUGGCGAGCGCAUGUUCACUAUCAUGGGCAGUGCCCAGGCCAACGAGAAGGCCCUCUACCUUCUCUACGAGAACCUCGAAGCUGAGAAGACCCGCCGCAGUCAGUCCCAGGAGUAAGCUCCUUCGGAUUUCCCCUGGUAUGUGUGCAUGAGACGGACCUAGCGGAUUCCCCUUUGUGUUCUCUGACCUUACGAUUUCCUUGGAGACUGUCGGUCACGAUCAGCGGCGGUCAUGUGCUAGCGCUUUUAUUUUAUUUUUUCUACUUCUCUACCUCGUUU